AUGUGGCACAUGUCAUGAACCUGGCCCAUCAAACACAUCGUAACGCACGGACGCCCCGGUCUCAUUGCCUGCCGGUACCUUUUUGGACCCACUCAGUGCUACGUCGAGGGCCGGCCGGGUCCCACUCCCGUCAUCGUCGUCUUGACCUUUCCAUCCCAGAACCUUCAACACCUGUUCUUCUCGAAAGCACAUAACCUUUCUCUUCCAUCUUACCACCUUCAACUGGUCGCAUAUAAUCGGAAACUACCAAGCUCGAAGAUACCGCAAUCUCGACACCAUUCCACCAACUUCCUAGGCAGAAAUCCAUCCACAGUAUUUCUAAAUCGCCAUCCGCCACGCAACACUUGCACGCCGCUCUUUGCUCUCCGCUCCUCAAGACGGUCCUACGACAUCAAGCGCAUCUUCAACAGCCCCGGAUCUCGAUUUUCGACACCCCCUUUAAAAUAUACUCCCGGUGGGGAGCUUACUAGUCGCCCAGCAUGGCGUCCGAAGACGCGCGAUACCGCGCAACAUCGCAGUUCGAAGCAUGGUCCUUCUCGCCCGCCCAGCUUGCUGCCAUGCGCGAGAAGACCAACGCCAUCGCCCGCCAAAGAAUAGCCGAGCGCAUGCUAUCAUCAGCUUCGAAUCCGCCCACGUCGAACAACACAUCCCAUGCGAACACGCCAGACCCGUCUGGAACUGGGACGCCCAACCCCAACGAGAACAGCGCACCGACCUUACCCGACUUCCUCAAGCCUGAAGAAGAGGCCUUGCUCGUAUCCUUUUACGUAUCCGAAUUACUGCGCGCGGCGGAUCAUCUCGGAGUGCCAGACGAAGUCAGGGCGACAGCGACGGUCUUCUUCAGGAGGUUCUUCCUGACGAACAGCAUCAUGACGUACCCACCACAGGAGAUGAUACUCGUGGCGCUGUUCGUAGGAAGCAAGGCGGAGGGUAGGUUUCCUAGGAUCAUCGAGUUCCAACAAAAGUUCAAUACGAAGCAGGAUAUUCUCGCUGGCGAGUUCCUGCUUUGUCAGGGAAACAGGUUCAACUUUGAGGUCAGACACCCGUUUAGGGCGUUGAUGGGGGCGAUGAUGGAGCUGAGGAGUUAUGGGGAUAUCGACGAGCAACGAAUAAUCGCAGCCGAAAAGCGCGCCCACGAGAUUUUGCUCUUCAGUCCUCUCAUGACCGACGCCUACUUCCACUACACACCGUCGCAGAUCAUGUUCGCAGCACUAUCCCUUGCAGACCGCGGACUGGCUGAGCGCCUGAUCCAGGAGACUUUCCACUUUGUCCCGCCCACUACCAACAACGAUAACACCCCUGCCGUGACACCACUACCUGGGACCGAGAACUCGGGGAUAUCCCGAAAGGAGGGUGGUGGCAAAGGGACAAUGACCAACGAUGAGCGGGCAGCCAUAAUCGGCCCAGGGAUUCGCGAUAAGGUUAUGGGCACUAUCGAGGCAUGCAGGAACAUGUUGUCCAACGAACUGCCGGAGAGGAAGUCGCAUUGGACUAGUGAAUCAAUCUUCAAGUCCCAAAUCCGGCCCGUCCGCAAGAAGCUUACCAAGUGUCGCGACCCCGAGCGCUGGAAUCUGUCCGAGCUUCAGCGCCAACGCCGCGAGGCAGGACUCAGACGUGCCGAUUCAGAGGAGCGCCCUGCAGCCAGCAACGGGGCCAAGGAUGCUGGUAUCUUUGGCGGCGAUCUGGCAGCUGGUGCGCCGGAGAAGAAGAGGAGGAAGGUCGAUGGGAGUGGGUUGGAAGAUCCUUUUGGAGGCCCGCUUUGAGCAUGUGGUGUGAGAAACUAUCCAGCGGUAGUUGGGUGCGACGGUACACCUACAAAGGUUGGUAACAGGGUGUUUAGACUUGCAUAUAUGGAUCGAGGCUCGGUUCAGAUCGGUUGGCGUUGUAUUUGGGGUUUUGGUGGUACGUAUAGACUGUUCAUGAAGCGUUUUCAUUAUUCCUCCAUCGCCUUGAUUGCUCACCGGACGCUUGCUUUGUGGUGUUGUUCAGUAUGUUUUGGUGCUUAGAAUUUGGUAACUUGAUCAACAACACUUUAUUCAGACUCCUCUUUCGCUCGUUCACGGAAAUCGUCCGCUUGCUCCCCUUUAACCGCGAAGACAGAAAGGAGAAGUACUGCUCCUCCGCCAAAUGCACCGUGACCACCGACCCAAGCCGGCGACUCGGGAAGUUGAAGAGUCAAUGGUUCCCUUCCGAACAGAAAAGAGGAGGCUCGGCCAAG